CACCAACAAUUUCUAAAAUACAUUCAAAAAUUCAAAUUUCUUCAUCAAAUUCAAUCCAAUGGGUACUCUUUCCAUCGUCACGUCAACUGAGUCCAAGUCUCACUGUCAACCAUCUCAUCAAAUAUUUCGUUUAACCAAUUACAUUCUCUUAGGUGCAUCAUCGAGUUGUAUCUUUCUUACCCUCUCUUUACGCCUAAUCCCAUCGUUAUACGGUGGCCUUUUCAUCCUCCUCCAUGUUCUCACAAUCGCGGGUGUAGUGCCCGGUUGCACGGACACUGCAACCCUAGCGGGCUCCAACAAUUGUUAUGCCAUUCAUAUGGUUGCUACCGUUUUAACGGCAAUAUUUCAAGGAUCGUCUGCUGUGCUUAUUUUCACAAAGAGUUAUGAUUUUUUACGAGAAUUAAAGUCUUAUGUUAGAGAAGAAAAUGGUGUUGCAAUUUUGAAAUUGAUUGGUGGAUUGUCAAUUUUGAUAUUUUUCUUGCAAUGGGUGGUUUUGAUAGUGGCUUUUGUUUUGAGGUACAAUGCCUUUGUGGAAGGGAAUAAUGGUUCAAAUUCUAAACAAAAUGAGACUUUGAAAGGAUGUCCUGGUCCAAUCCAAGUAUAAUUUUAUAAAAAAGGCAGUUCGGUGUACAAAAUACAUCUCGCAUUGGAAGACCGCACUCUAAGAAAUGUGAUGUAGACAACUUAUGUACUCAUCACACGUAUUAGUGCAGGUUAUUUCCACGAUUCGAAUACAUGACGGCCAUAUCGAAGCAACGCUUGUGAUGAUAAUAUUUGUUUUUACUUUAUUUGGGUAGAAUAACUGUGUUCCACACCUUGGAGCUCUACGGUGAAUUAUUUAUUCAUACUAAAAUAAUAGGGUACUAAAAAUUAAUAAAGUGUGAGGAU